CGGAGAAAACAGCUGGAGCAGGUUUUGAACCAGCAAUGCUGUGGUUAUGGGGUGAAUCGAGUGUAGUACCACCUGUAAAGACCUCUUGGUAGAGGCUGAAGUGCACGACGUGCCACGUAAUGUUGGAGAUAGCGCAGACUGAUUUUGCAACAGGCAUUGAUUCAGUUGGUGUAAAUUGUGUUACUUUUGAGGGGCUUUGUGUAUAUAGGCCUAUUUAAAAUUCACAAUAUUAAAAUUGUCAGUGUGUUUUAAAAUCACCUAACAUACAGCCUAAAAUCCUUUAAAAAAUAUGUAACAUUAAAAUAUUAUGAUAUACGAAAUGAGUGAAAGAAGUAGGCUCAAUGUAUUAUUGUUGGCAGUUGACAGAAGUUCACUGCUCCUAUGUCAUUACAGGUUAUCUACCCUCAAAUGUUUUGAACAUCCCACAAUGCCGUGCACAUUUUGUGAACAUAGAUAACAGCUGUGCCUGUGGGACGAAAAUCAAGACCAUACCAAGGUCAGGGAGGCAGUCCGAGAUUGUUUGCUAAGAUGGAUGACGAGGAGACCUGGCUGAUGAUUGUGGCACAUUUUGGGAGCAUGGAGAGGCCGGAGAUAGCCAGACUACUAAAUUGGGCUAAGGAACAGAAGAUGGGUAUUGGAAAAAGGCCAUUAGUGCGUGUUCUGCAAGCAGUACUGUGGCAUGAGCGUGGUGAAUGGAUAGACAGAGUGAUUUGAAUUUGUGCUUCAGUAAGGUUGGCUUCUUAGCAUUGAUUGCCAUGGUUAUAAAUUGUACUGCAGAAAUGGAAUGUAUAUCACAGAAAGUAGAUGUUGUGGUGGCAGUACUUGGGUGUAUAAGGUUUUACUGUGGAAGAGAUACAAGGUGUGUUGAACGAGAGUCCUGUCCUCCCAAGCCGUCAAACUAUUGGAUGGAAGUUUCCCCCUGUUCACAUUCUGGUUUGUGCAUGGGAUCCUGGUGUAGGAUCAGUUAGGGUCAAAGUAGUGGAAUGGGGUGGUGAUUUAAAAAAAUAAAUAAAAAAAAAGGAAAUGGGUGUAGGGUUAGUAGGUGGUUAAUUUUUAUUUAUUCCCCCAACCCCUUUUUUUUGUAUCACAAAAAUGUACAUGAUCGACCACACACUACCGCACAGUAGAUGGCGGCAUGCGCAAACAAAAUGUGCGAACUUCAUUAUAACCGAAGAAGAAGAAGCUGUGCCUAUGUAUCGUUGCAGUGCAUUGGCAAAGCUACAGCAACGCAGGAUUGUAGCUGCUCGGGGCUGCUGAGCAAAUAACAUCUCAGUCCGGGUUGGAUAGGACCCUAUCGCAGUUUCUAUCAUUUGAAAAAUAUAUCUAGAUCGACUGGAGAGUGCUUUAAAUUGAAGUGAAUCAGAUUGUAACCAGGCCAUUUGUGUUUUAAUUUUUUUUUAGGCUAUUUUGUAUUCAUUUAAAUGACCCCGACUCUCACCAAUGGUGUAAGCUGUGUUCAUCUCUGCCUGGGUAGACCAUUUUGAUCAACUGGUAUUUGAUAUUUAUUUUAAAUAAUUUAAGUGUUAUUGUUGUACUCUCGGAAGGGAGUCCCUUUACGGAAUACAGCUGGAUUGCUUAGGGGAAUCUUCAAAUCUGUCUGGGCUAGGAGGAGAUUCGAUUUUUUUCCAACCGGGAGUGGGGGAUAAUAUGUCCAGGCGAAAACAGAACAACCCCUUCAAAGUUAAUUGGCCCUUCCACAGCACCGGCUUUGCAGGCCCCCUUCACACUAUUAACAUGGAUGGCAGGGACAAUUUCAUUGAGGACAGCGAAUGCCACAGCAACAAUUCCCAACAGGACAGCAUUUCAGGACUGUGUUUGCCCCCAUAGAAGACAGUGAUAGCGACCUGGACAACCACGACUCAUCCUCCAACACCUCAGCUGACGACCAUAUGACCUCCACCAAGAGAACACACCACAGGGGAGUUAAAGAAGAGAGCGAGGAGGGGGCCGACCUGAAUAACAGCUGUGUGUGUCCUCUGUGCACCCUGGAGUUCAGCAGCCCCGAGCAGCUCAUCACACACGUCUACCAGCACACAUCGUUGAUGGGCAGCAGUAAGAACUACGUGUGCCCAGUGUGUGGGCGCGCGCUCAGCUCGCCAGGCUCCCUGGGGCGCCACCUUCUCAUCCACUCUGAGGACCGCCUCUCCAACUGUGCUGUGUGUGGGACACGCUUCACCGACACCAACAACUUCAACAGGGAGAAGCUCAGAGAGGUCCUGAACACAGGCAGCAGUAUGGAAUGCAGCAGCGGAGAUGAGAACUGUUCCAUGUCCCGGUCUCUCUCCGGCAGCCCCAUGGGCAACCCCGGUCAUGGCCUGAUACACGGCCACGGGCUCGGCCACAACCAAGGACACGGCCCAAACCAAGGCCCAGGACACAACCCUGGCCGUGGCACAGGCCACAUCCCGGGACAGAACCACGGCCCGGGAUACAACCCCGGACACAACCAGGGACACAACCAUGGCCAAGGUCCCGGACACCUCCCAGGCCACCCACUCCCCUCGCUGCACCACAGCCUCCUCUCUUCGCCCCCCUCCUUCCCUGACGCCCUCAGCCCCUCACCAGGCCUACCCCUGAUGCCAGACAUCCUGAGCCCCAUGCCUGUGCACCCGGCCGGAGUGCUGCUGGUGUGCAACAGCUGUGUGGCCUACCAGCAGCUGGUGGACGCCCAGUCUCCCAUGAGGAAGUGGGCCAUGCGCAGGAAGAACGAGCCGGUGGAGGCACGCAUGCACCGUCUAGAGCGUGAGCGUUCCGCCAAGAAGACCAAGCGGGAGCACGAGUCGCCCGAGGAGCGGGAGCUACGGAGGCUGCGGGACCGCGAAGCCAAGCGGAUGCAGAGGCUGCAGGAGACAGAGGAGCAACGGACACGGAGGCUUCUGCGCGACAGGGAGGCCAUGCGGAUGAAGAGGGCCAAUGAGACUCCAGAUAAGAGGCAGGCUAGGCUGAUCCGUGAGAGAGAGGCCAAGAGACUGAAACGGCGGCUGGAGAAGAUUGACCCCUCUCUGAGAGGUCAGAUAGAGCAUGACCCAGCUGCUAUGGCCGCCCUGACGGCAGACAUGAGCCUGUUCCAGUUCCCCUGCCCCAUGCCUGUCCCCUCUCUGGACAACGGCCUCUUCAUGAAGCUGCCCUAGCAGGACCAGGUCACUGGGGGCAGCACACUGGACCACUAACAGUUACAAUGACUUACUCCACUACGCCUAUGGGUUGCCAUGGUCACAGAUGGAACCAUUCCAUGCUGGUUGAAAUUCCAGCAGCGUCUGUGUCCAACGACUUGAUACCCGAACUCCUGUGUCAACAAAUAACAUUAAUUUAUUACAGACUAGCAGGAAAGAAGAGCAGGGUCAAGAAUGUUUCACUUAAUGAUAUUGAUAAAGCAUGUUGUCAAGAGAUUUUCUGUUCUGGGGGCUAGCAGACUUUGACUUAGCAGCCCAUUGUGACAGAAGCAGUUACACCCUUCCAUCUUUUGCACAUGGACCUUCAGUGGUGGGAGUGAGUCACGUAGCCCAUAGCUCUUUCCCUCGCCUCGGGUCCCUUCUGCUAGCCCAGUCGCUGGAGUUUACCGGUAGCUACACCUCUCUGUCUCGCGCUGCCAACGUGGGUCUCUGAUCUGGCUAGCUCAUAUCCACCCAAUCAACUACCUCAGUAAGGGGCCGAAGCCGAGCCCUUUGGUCUACGUUCUGACUCCAAGCUUCUUUACACGUACACUACAGAAGAGAAUGCGGGUUGUUUCCUUAGUUUGAGGGUUUGUUUAUAUCUUUAGGAUGUGCUUACUGGGGGAAUAUUCAACAGGACAGAACAUUCAGAAAGACAGUCAGACAUGUACAGUGCCUUGCGAAAGUAUUCGGCCCCCUUGAACUUUCCGACCUUUUGCCACAUUUCAGGCUUCAAACAUAAAGAUAUAAAACUGUAUUUUUUUUGUGAAGAAUCAACAACA